UUAGGCUUUCUUUUGCAACUGAUUUGAUUUUAUUUUUAAUUGCAGCCUCUAGUCAAAUUUACUAAUUUUGAUUCUAUGUAAGCUGGAAGAAUGACUACAGUUGAAGAAAUCAAUGCCAUAAUUGCUCAUUACGACAAUCAUCGUGAGUGGCAUGACCUUGCAAGAGGAAAUGGUAAUCUUGGUGACGGUUACUACAAUUUUUCUAAAGGAGAAUCAAUAAAUUUGAACAUAGGGUUCCCUGAAGCAUGCAGGAGGAUGACACAUUACUUAGGAAUGUUAGGGCAGCUCACCACUGAUUCAAUUGUUCUUGACUUGGGAUGCGGAGAGGGAACACCAGCUAUCAAUAUGGCAAAGCAGUUUGGUUGCAAGGUCGUUGGGGUAGAUCUCAGCACAAACAAUGUGAAAAAGGCAAAAUCAUUCCUCAAAGAAGAGUCUUCAACUCUUCAAAUUGAAUUCCAUGAGGGGAAUUUCUUCAAUCUUGAACAAGAUUUUCUGACAAGAGAAUACACCCACGUUUGGGCCCAGGUGUCGUUUUUCCACACACAUGCACAUUUACGAAAAUGUAUUGAUGUUGCAGCAUCUGUACUCAAGCCAGGUGGAACAUUUGUACUGGUUGACUACUGUGGACCAAGGCACCCUGUUUUCACUAGAGAUACAACAAAAAGUGCUCCAGACAUGAAUGAAUAUGUUCAGACAGUUCGUGAAGCUGGUUUUAAGAUCAUUGUACAGGAGGAUGCAUCACGACAUUUUCUAGCUGGAACAUCGUUUUUGAGAAAGAUAGCCGGAGAGGAAAAGAAUAAUUUUGAAAUAAAUUUCUAUGAUGGCAGAAUAUCAUCUAUAAAAGAAGGGCUCAUUGGUAUGGUUAUUGUAAUAGCUCAAAAGCAAUAAAUAUAAACACAAAAUCAUAAGGGCUAUUAUAUGAAAGAACCAUAAACAAUAAAGUAAGAACCAUAAACAAUAAGGUAAUUGAGUUUAUUUGGACAGUAACUUUGUGGUGAAUCAAUUAUUAUCAUAAUGAUUAUUUGUGAUUUGAUCCCAAUUUAAC